AUGCCGUCGCAUCGCUAUCGCGUGUUUCUGCGAGCGGGUAUAUCGGAGGAGCAUAAAGAGGAUGUUUUGCGAAGCUUCUUCGAGAAGUUCGGGACCGUGAUCGACGUGUACGUGCCGCGCGAUCCGUUCACCGGCACGCUGAAAGGCAUCGCGUUCAUCUCGUUCGAAGAAGAGGAAGCCGUCAAAGCCGCGGUGGAAAACGACUCUUACGAGAUAUGCGGCGUGACCAUUCCCAUAACCAAAGCCGAACCUCGAGGACCGGAGCAGCCAUCCCGCCGCCGAGCUUACAACGACGACCGACCCUCCCACCGAGCCUCCGGCUACCCCCCGUCUUCCCUCGCCAUGGCAGCCGCAGCAGCACCCCGAGCCGCUCUAGGCUCGGAAGGCUUGGAUUACUACUCCGUCACUCCUCUAGUCACGUCUGGCGGCUAUGGUGCCGGACUAAGUUCGGGAUAUGGAGGCGGGUAUAUACUGUCGAAUGCUAUGGAGGGGUAUGGGCGCAGCGGAGGCGGGGGAGGAGGCGGAGGCGGAGGCGGAGGGGGAGGAUUUGAGGACGAGUUUCGGAUCUUUGUGGGGGGAGUGGCGGAGGAGAUCAGCGAGCAGGACGUUAAGGGGCAUUUUGAACAGUACGGAACGGUAGAGGACGUGUAUUUUCCUAAAGAUAGAGCCUCCGGCACUCGGCGCGGCUUCUGCUACGUGCGGUUUAACUCGUUCGCGGCGGCGGACAGCGCGUGCGCGCGCAGCCAGCGCAUGAUCAAGGGCUCGCCCCUCCACGAGAUCCGCAUGGCGCAGCCGCGCCCGCCCCUGCUCGCGGGGGGAAGGGGCGGGGAUGGGCGGAGAGGAGGGGGAGGCGGAGGGGGAGGGGGAGGAGGAGGUGGUGGUGGGGGGUAUGGGGGCGGAUAUGGGGGUGGGUAUGGUGGUGGUGGUGGUGGUGGGGGAGGGGGAGGGGGAGGGGGAGGGGGAGGGGGAUAUGGGGGCGGUCCUCUGGCCCUCCCCCUCUCCUCCCCACUUUCCUUCUCAUCCCGUCUCCCUCCGUUGCCCUUAUCCACUCUCAUUUCCCCCAUCUACAAUGCACAAUGCACCUACCAAUCGUAUACCACAUCCCCUCCCUCCCGACUCACUGCUCUCCUCCUCUCUCACUUGCUCUCCUCCUCUCUCACUUGCUCUCCUCCUCUCUCACUUGCUCUCCUCCUCUCUCACUUGCUCUCCUCCUCUCUCACUUGCUCUCCUCCUCUCUCACUUGCUCUCCUCCUCUCUCACUUGCUCUCCUCCUCUCUCACUUGCUCUCCUCUCUCACUUGCUCUCCUCUCUCACUUGCUCUCCUCCUCUCUCACUUGCUCUCCUCCUCUCUCACUUUCUCUCCUCCUCUCUCAAUUUCUCUCCUCCUAG